AUGCAAAGAUGUACAGACGCCACAACUGGUAUUUCCUAUCACCACAUUACAGACGCCACAAACUGGUAUACCCUACACACAGUACAGACGCCACAACUGGUAUACCUAUCACCACAGCUACAGACGCCACAACUGGUAUUACCUAUCACCACAGGUACAGACGCCACAACUGGUUACCUAUCACCACAGCUACAGACGCCACAACUGGUGUACCUAUCACCACAGCUACAGACACCACAACUGGUGUACCUAUCACCACAGGUACAGACGCCACAACUGGUAUACCUAUCACCACAGGUACAGACGCCACAACUGGUAUACCUAUCACCACAGCUACAGACGCCACAACUGGUACACUAUCACAAAGCUACAGACGCCACAAUUGGUAUACCUAUCACCACAGCUACAGACGCCACAUCUGGUGUACCUAUCACCACAGCUACAGACGCAACCACUGGUGUACCUAUCACCACAAAUACAGACGCCACCACUGGUGUACCUAUCACCACAGCUACAAAGGCCACCACUGGUGUAUCAAUCACAACAGCUAAAGUGACCAUCAGUGGUUUACCUAUCACCAUAGCUACAGACGCCACAACUGGUAUACCUAUCACCACAGGUACAGACGCCACCACUGGGGUACCUAUCACCACAGCUACAAAGGCCACCACUGGUGUAUCAAUCACAACAGCUAAAGUGACCAUCACUGGUUUACCUAUCACCAUAGCUACAGACGCCACAACUGGUAUACCUAUCACCACAGGUACAGACGCCACAACUGGUAUACCUAUCACCACAGCAACAGACGCCACAACUGGUAUACCUAUCACCACAGGUACAGACGCCACAACUGGUAUACCUAUCACCACAGCUACAGACGCCACAACUGGUAUACCUAUCACCACAGGUACAGACGCCACAACUGGUAUACCUAUCACCACAGCUACAGACGCCACAACUGGUAUACCUAUCACCACAGCUACAGACGCCACAACUGGUGUACCUAUCACCACAGGUACAGACGCCACAACUGGUAUACCUAUCACCACAGGUUCAGACGCCACAACUGGUAUACCUAUCACCACAGGUACAGACGCCACAACUGGUAUACCUAUCACCACAGCUACAGACGCCACAACUGGUAUACCUAUCACCACAGCUACAGACGCUAAAACUGGUUUACCUAUAGCAACAGCUACAGACGCCACAACUGGUAUACCUAUCACCACAGGUACAGACGCCACAACUGGUAUACCUAUCACCACAGCUACAGACGCCACAACUGGUGUACCUAUCACCACAGCUACAGACGCCACAUCUGGUGUACCUAUCACCACAGCUACAGACGCCACAUCUGGUGUACCUAUCACCACAGCUACAGACGCCACAACUGGUAUACCUAUCACCACAGCUACAGACGCCACAACUGGUAUACCUAUCACCACAGCUACAGACGCCACAACUGGUAUACCUAUCACCACAGCUACAGACGCCACAACUGGUAUACCUAUCACCACAGGUACAGACGCCACAACUGGUUUACCUAUCACCACAGCUUCAGACGCCACAACUGGUAUACCUAUCACCACAGGUACAGACGCCACAUUACCUAUCACCACAGGUACAGACGCCACAACUGGUGUACCUAUCACCACAGUUACAGACGCCACAACUGGUAUACCUAUCACCACAGCUACAGACGCCACAACUGGUAUACCUAUCACCACAGGUACAGACGCCACAACUGGUAUACCUAUCGCCACAGCUACAGACGCCACAACUGGUAUACCUAUCACCACAGCUACAGACGCCACAUCUGGUGUACCUAUCACCAUAGGUACAGACGCCACAACUGGUAUACCUAUCACCACAGCUACAGACGCCACAACUGGUAUACCUAUCACCACAGCUACAGACGCCACAUCUGGUGUACCUAUCACCACAGCUACAGACGCAACCACUGGUGUACCAAUCACCACAGAUACAGACGCCACCACUGGUGUACCUAUCACCACAGCUACAAAGGCCACCACUGGUGUAUCAAUCACAACAGCUAAAGUGACCAUCACUGGUACAGACGCCACAACUGGUAUACCUAUCACCACAGCUACAGACGCCACAACUGGUAUACCUAUCACCACAGCUACAGACGCCACAACUGGUAUACCUAUCACCACAGGUACAGACGCCACAACUGGUAUACCUAUCACCACAGCUACAGACGCCACAACUGGUAUACCUAUCACAACAGCUACAGACGCCACACCUGGUGUACCUAUCACCACAGCUACAGACGCAACCACUGGUAUACCUAUCAUCACAGAUACAGACGCCACCACUGGUGUACCUAUCACCACAGCUACAAAGGCCACCACUGGUGUAUCAAUCACAACAGCUAAAGUGACCAUCACUGGUUUACCUAUCACCAUAGCUACAGACGCCACAACUGGUAUACCUAUCACCACAGGUACAGACGCCACAACUGGUAUACCUAUCACCACAGGUACAGACGCCACAACUGGUAAACCUAUCACCACAGCUACAGACGCCACAACUGGUAUACCUAUCACCACAGCUACAGACGCCACAACUGGUAUACCUAUCACCACAGCUACAGACGCCACUACUGGUAUACCUAUCACCACAGGUACAGACGCCACAACUGGUAUACCUAUCACCACAGGUACAGACGCCACAACUGGUAUACCUAUCACCACAGCUACAGACGCCACAACUGGUAUACCUAUCACCACAGCUACAGACGCCACAACUGGUAUACCUAUCACCUUAGGUACAGACGCCACAACUGGUAUACCUAUCACCACAGCUACAGACGCCACAAAUGGUAUACCUAUCACCACAGCUACAGACGCCACAACUGGUAUACCUAUCACCACAGCUACAGACGCCACAACUGGUAUACCUAUCACCACAGCUACAGACGCCACAACUGGUAUACCUAUCACCACAGGUACCGACGCCACAACUGGUAUACCUAUCACCACAGCUACAGACGCCACAACUGGUAUACCUAUCACCUCAGCUACAGACGCCACAUCUGGUGUACCUAUCACCACAGCUACAGACGCCACAACUGGUAUACCUAUCACCACAGCUACAGACGCCACAACUGGUUUACCUAUCACCACAGGUACAGACGCCACAACUGGUAUACCUAUCACCACAGCUACAGACGCCACAACUGGUUUACCUAUCACCACAGCUACAGACGCCACAACUGGUAUACCUAUCACCACAGGUACAGACGCCACAACUGGUAUACCUAUCACCACAGCUACAGACGCCACAACUGGUAUACCUAUCACCACAGCUACAGACGCCACAAUUGGUAUACCUAUCACCACAGCUACAGACGCCACAUCUGGUGUACCUAUCACCACAGCUACAGACGCAACCACUGGUGUACCUAUCACCACAGAUACAGACGCCACCACUGGUGUACCUAUCACCACAGCUACAAAGGCCACCACUGGUGUAUCAAUCACAACAGCUAAAGUGACCAUCAGUGGUUUACCUAUCACCAUAGCUACAGACGCCACAACUGGUAUACCUAUCACCACAGGUACAGACCCCACAAUUGGUAUACCUAUCACCACAGCUACAGACGCCACAACUUGCAUACCUAUCACCACAGGUACAGACGCCACAACUGGUAUACCUAUCACCACAGCUACAGACGCCACAACUGGUAUACCUAUCACCACAGGUACAGACGCCACAACUGGUAUACCUAUCACCACAGGUACAGACGCCACAACUGGUAUACCUAUCACCACAGCUACAGACGCCACAACUGGUAUACCUAUCACCACAGCUACAGACGCCACAACUGGUAUACCUAUCACCACAGGUACAGACGCCACAACUGGUAUACCUAUCACCACAGGUACAGACGCCACAACUGGUUUACCUAUCACCACAGCUACAGACGCCACAACUGGUAUACCUAUCACCACAGGUACAGACGCCACAACUGGUAUACCUAUCACCACAGCUACAGACGCCACAACUGGUAUACCUAUCACCACAGGUACAGACGCCACAACUGGUAUACCUAUCACCACAGCUACAGACGCCACAACUGAUUUACCUAUCACCACAGGUACAGACGCCACAACUGGUGUACCUAUCACCACAGCUACAGACGCCACAACUGGUAUACCUAUCACCACAGCUACAGACGCCACAACUGGUAUACCUAUCACCACAGGUACAGACGCCACAACUGGUAUACCUAUCACCACAGCUACAGACGCCACAACUGGUAUACCUAUCACCACAGCUACAGACGCCACAUCUGGUGUACCUAUCACCACAGGUACAGACGCCACAACUGGUAUACCUAUCACCACAUCUACAGACGCCACAACUGGUAUACCUAUCACCACAGCUACAGACGCCACAACUGGUUUACCUAUCACCACAGCUACAGACCCCAAAAUUGGUAUACCUAUCACCACAGCUACAGAGGUCACAACUGGUGUACCUAUCACCACAGCUACAGACGCCACAACUGGUUUACCUAUCACCACAGGUACAGACGCCACAACUGGUAUACCUAUCACCACAGCUACAGACGCCACAACUGGUAUACCUAUCACCACAGCUACAGACGCCACAACUGGUAUACCUAUCACCACAGGUACAGACGCCACAACUGGUAUACCUAUCACCACAGCUACAGACGCCACAACUGGUAUACCUAUCACCACAGCUACAGACGCCACAUCUGGUGUACCUAUCACCACAGGUACAGACGCCACAACUGGUAUACCUAUCACCACAUCUACAGACGCCACAACUGGUAUACCUAUCACCACAGCUACAGACGCCACAACUGGUAUACCUAUCCCCACAGCUACAGACGCCACAACUGGUAUACCUAUCACCACAGGUACAGACGCAACCACUGGUGUACCUAUCACCACAGAUACAGACGCCACCACUGGUGUACCUAUCACCACAGCUACAAAGGCCACCACUGGUGUAUCAAUCACAACAGCUAAAGUGACCAUCACUGGUUUACCUAUCACCACAGCUACAGACGCCACAACUGGUAUACCUAUCACCACAGCUACAGACCCCAAAAUUGGUAUACCUAUCACCACAGCUACAGAGGUCACAACUCGUGUACCUAUCACCACAGCUACAGACGCCACAACUGGUAUACCUAUCACCACAGGUACAGACGCCACAACUGGUAUACCUAUCACCACAGCUACAGAGGUCACAACUGGUUUACCUAUCACCACAGCUACAGACGCCACAACUGGUUUACCUAUCACCACAGCUACAGACGCCACAACUGGUAUACCUAUCACCACAGCUACAGACGCCACAACUGGUAUACCUAUCACCACAGGUACAGACGCCACAACUGGUAUACCUAUCACCACAGCUACAGACGCCACAACUGGUAUACCUAUCACCACAGAUACAGACGCCACAACUGGUAUACCUAUCACCACAGCUACAGACGCCACAACUGGUAUACCUAUCACCACAGGUACAGACGCCACAACUGGUAUACUUAUCACCACAGCUACAGACGCCACAACUGGUAUACCUAUCACCACAGCUACAGACGCCACAUCUGGUGUACCUAUCACCACAGGUACAGACGCCACAACUGGUAUACCUAUCACCACAGCUACAGACGCCACAACUGGUGUACCUAUCACCACAGCUACAGACGCCACAACUGGUAUACCUAUCACCACAGGUACAGACGCCACAACUGGUAUACCUAUCACCACAGGUACAGACGCCACAACUGGUAUACCUAUCACCACAGGUACAGACGCCACAACUGGUAUACCUAUCACCACAGGUACAGACGCCACAUCUGGUGUACCUAUCACCACAGCUACAGAUGCAACCACUGGUGUAACUAUCACCACAGAUACAGACGUCACCACUGGUGUACCUAUCACCACAGCUACAAAGGCCACCACUGGUGUAUCAAUCACAACAGCUAAAGUGACCAUCACUGGUUUACCUAUCACCAUAGCUACAGACGCCACAACUGGUAUACCUAUCACCACAGGUACAGACCCCACAAUUGGUAUACCUAUCACCACAGCUACAGAGGUCACAACUGGUGUACCUAUCACCACAGCUACAGACGCCACAACUGGUACAGACGCCACAACUGGUUUACCUAUCACCACAGGUACAGACGCCACAACUGGUAAACCUAUCACCACAGCUACAGACGCCACAACUGGUAUACCUAUCUCCACAGCUACAGACGCCACAACUGGUAUACCUAUCACCACAGGUACAGACGCCACAACUGGUAUACCUAUCACCACAGCUACAGACGCCACAACUGGUAUACCUAUCACCACAGCUACAGACGCCACAUCUGGUGUACCUAUCACCACAGCUACAGACGCAACCACUGGUAUACCUAUCACCACAGAUACAGACGCCACCACUGGUGUACCUAUCACCACAGCUACAAAGGCCACCACUGGUGUAUCAAUCACAACAGCUAAAGUGACCAUCACUGGUUUACCUAUCACCAUAGCUACAGACGCCACAACUGGUAUACCUAUCACCACAGGUACAGACCCCACAAUUGGUAUACCUAUCACCACAGCUACAGACGCCACAACUGGUAUACCUAUCACCACAGUUACAGACGCCACAACUGGUUUACCUAUCACCACAGGUACAGACGCCGCAACUGGUAUACCUAUCACCACAGCUACAGACGCCACAACUGGUAUACCUAUCACCACAGGUACAGACGCCACAACUGGUUUACCUAUCACCACAGGUACAGACGCCACAACUGGUAUACCUAGCACCACAGGUACAGACGCCACAACUGGUAUACCUAUCACCACAGCUACAGACGCCACAACUGGUAUACCUAUCACCACAGCUACAGACGCCACAACUGGUAUACCUAUCACCACAGCUACAGACGCCACAACUGGUAUACCUAUCACCACAGCUACAGACGCCACAACUGGUAUACCUAUCACCACAGGUACAGACGCCACAACUGGUAUACCUAUCACCACAGGUACAGACGCCACAACUGGUAUACCUAUCACCACAGGUACAGACGCCACAACUGGUAUACCUAUCACCACAGCUACAGACGCCACAACUGGUAUACCUAUCACCACAGCUACAGACGCCACAACUGGUUUACCUAUCACCACAGGUACAGACGCCACAACUGGUAUACCUAUCACCACAGCUACAGACGCCACAACUGGUAUACCUAUUACCACAGGUACAGACGCCACAACUGGUAUACCUAUCACCACAGCUACAGACGCCACUACUGGUGUACCUAUCACCACAGCUAUAGACGCCACCACUGGUUUACCUAUCACCACAGCUUUAAAAGAAACAACUGGUUUACCUAUCAUCACUGCUACAGAGGCCACCACUGGUGUACCUAUCAGCACAGCUUUAAAAGAAACAACUGGUUUACCUAUCACCACAGCUACAGCGGCCACCACUGGUUUACCUUUCACCACAGCUACAGAGCGGACAACUGGUUUACCUACCACCACAGCUACAGAGGCCACAACUAGUUUAUAUACCACAACUUCUUCGGAGGCCAGAACCGCUUUGCCUACCAAUACUACUACAGAAGCCAUAACCGGUGUGCCUACAAUCACUACUUCAGAGGCCACAAUCGGUUUACCUAUCAUCACAACUACAGAGGCAAUAACUGCUUUACCUACAACCACAACUACGAAGGUCACAACUAAUUAUAUUACCACUACUCAUACUGUCGCUACAACUGGUUUAUCAACCACUAACACUUCAGAAGCAACCCUUGGUUUGCCUACCACCACUACUACAGAGUCGAUUUCUAUUUCGUCUACCACCACUACCUCAGACGCAACUUCUGAGGUUCUGACCACCACCGCCACUAGUACAGAGGCUAAUACUGGUGUGCCUAUCACCACUACUGCAGAGGCCACUGCUGGUAUUUCUACCACCAGUUCUGCAGAAGCCACUGCCCUGCCUUCCAACACAACCACACGGGUCACUUCUGCCUUGCCUUCUUCCACUUCUGCGAAGGCUACUACAUUCUCGCCUACGACGACUACUACAAUGGUCACUUCUUCCUUACCUUCUACCAAUUUUCCAACCAUGAAGCCAAAUUUGGUGAGCGCAGUGGUUGUGUUCAACUUCACACUUGUGAUCCAAGCAGAGUUUACAGACAAGCUCGGUCAUGAUGUCGACUUUAAUGCCAAUUUUAGGAGUCUGCUGAUGAAGACGAUGUUUAAUAACAUUCCACAUGUAAACUUCACAGUCACUUUCAGUGCAGGAAGUAUACGGUGUCACAUAGCGACGACAGUGCCACAAGAGAAACCAGGGAUCGCACAUGAAACCGUGAAGGCACUAGAAGAUAUCCGAAUCAAUACUAACGUCGCAAGAAACGUCAUUGCCACAAAUCUGACUCACCUUUUAACAAAGGUCCUCCAUAUCAAUAUCAGCGAGGACGCUAUUGGAGUCAACAACUUUGUGGAAGAGAUAGCGGGAGAAAAGGAGGCAUACGAACAGUCUCCCGACCCCUGUUCCUACUUUCGGUCAGACGUGUGCCCGACCACCGCCUACUAUUUCACGUGCGCGGGGAAUGGAUCACCCUCUUGCAGACACAAAUGCGAGGGGCCGAAUGGGCAGGGCUUAUGUGGGGAUCAUGGCACGUGCUUCUUUGGUCUCCAAGACAAUGCACUGGCUUGCAAGUGCGAGGUGACAUCAUGGCACGUGUAUCACGGCGCGCAAUGUGAGCAGACGACAGCGACACUUUGGUUCGUGUUGGCGGUAUCUCUGGGUACAGGAAGUGCUUUCCUGCUCAUUCUUGUAGCCAUCAUUGUUUGGCUCUGCAUACGCCGCCGACGAGAUAAAAAGACGCACGGCGUCAGUCUGUCUGAUGACUUGGAAUGGGAAUUUUUGAGGGCUAAAGGGAUUGGGACUCUUAGGGACCUCAGUUUCCGGUCACGCCCCGAUAAGACGAGCCCCCUAUACGGCCGAUUCCACAGUCAACCUGGACAUGUCAAUGAGACAUUUGAACCGGUGUUUAGCGGAAAUGGCCGACUGCGGGCGGGCAUGUACCUUCCGACAGAACCAGAAGCUGGCGCCUCAAACGUGCCUUCCUUCCUUCGUAUCGACACCGCAGCUGACGUAAGUAUAUGA